GAGCUAGACUGUCUUAUAUACUUGCUACAUAACAUAAAUACAGAAAGCCCCUCUCAUACUUUUCAUCUUAUCCUAUACUCACACACACACACACACUCUCUCUCUCUCUCUCUCUCUAUCCUCUGUUUCUACAUUUCAUCUUGUAUAUCUUCAUUUAAUUUGCUUUGUUUUCCAUUUAAAAAAAAGUAUCAUGUGCCUAAAGAAGCGCACAGACAUGCAACCUUGCUGCAAGUGUAAAACCGCUGAUGACGCAUUCAUACAUUCUCACAUUUUCUGGUGCACUCGCACGCACGUCUUUGAUUUUUGACACCGCUCAGACCUAUUUUCUUCCGUUCUCGCUGAGAGUGAUCAAUGACAGUAACAGUAGGCGAUCGUGUUCAAGUAAACCUCGAUUUCGCCACAGUGCGCUUUGUCGGUGCGGUGGAUGGAAGCAAUGGCGAAUGGCUGGGUGUCGAAUGGGACGAUCCAGCUCGAGGCAAGCACAAUGGCACGCAUAAUGGAAAACGCUACUUUACAUCGUCAAGUGGACACGAAACAGCAUGCUCGUUUAUUCGUUUCCAUCCCACCAAAGUACGCACAGCGCGUCCGUUCCUUCAAGUUCUGAUGGAGAAAUAUCUCGAUUUACCCUCUGGAUGCGACGACUAUGACGCUGGAAAGGAUCUCGGAGAAGUAUACUUUGGUGGCAAUAAGGGUCUCGUCGUGCAAACUGUCGGAUUCGAAAAAGUUCAACGAAAACAGAGCCAGUUGACAAGCUUGACCGUUGUUGGUUUAGCCAAUCUUCAUGUUGGGCUAGCUGGACCGCCUGGUGAAAUAGCAGCACAGAACUUUAAUAUACGUGAUUUAGACCUAUCAAAAAGUUUAAUUCGUUCCUGGGAUACCUUGGCCGACAUUGUAUCCCAGCUUCCUGCUUUAAACCUUCUGCGACUAAAUUACUGCCGUAUCGAAUCUCCCCCGGAUGAUUCAUCAAAGUUAUAUCGAAACAACACAUCGCCUUUCGCCUCAUUGACAACGCUGGCACUUAGCAACACAUCCACAACAUGGGCUCAAGUCAUAAAACUUGAACCGCUUUUACAAAAACUAGAGGAUUUACAACUCGGACAAAACGAUAUCCAAACAAUAUCGGGCGUUCGAUCCGACCAGUUCCAACAGCUAAAAUGUCUUAAUUUGGAGAACAACGAUAUCCAGCAGUGGAAAGAUAUAGAGAGUCUUGGAAAUUUAAAAAGCCUUGAAAUUCUAUAUUUGAACGGCAAUAAGAUUCCUUCGAUCGAACCUAUUCCAGAACGAAUGCUCUCAAGCUUAAUAUAUCUGAGAAUCGAGAACAAUCUGUUGGAUAAUUGGAGCAGUUGGGAUAUGCUUAAUACUUUGCCAUCUUUAAAAAAAUUACGAUCCAAAGGAAAUCCUGUAUUUAAAGAAAUGGAUCCAGAACAUGUAACUGCUCACAUUGUAGGCCGUAUAAAGGGACUGGCUGUAGUCGAUGGCAACACGUUAACUGGUAGAGAACGCACAGAUCUUGAGCGAUUUUACCUAACAUUAUGUUCACGCACUGCGCCUACACAUGAAGAAAUUGCACGGAUACAUCCGCGUUACAAAGAGCUAUGUGAUGCUCAUGGCGAACCGGGAUUGUCGGUAAAGUCAGAGAAAGCAACAACAAUGAGUGAUCGACUUAUCGGGAUCACGCUGUCCCAUCGCUCUGAGCUGCCGUCGAAUGCAAAAAGCAAAGCUGAGCUCGGGAAUCCUAUCAAAACAGUUGAUAAAAGAGUUCUUGCUACCAUGCUGAUUCGUAACUUGCGCAACAUUGUCCAAAAGCUAUUCCGUAUUCCUGCAUCACGUCAGCGUCUUUAUCUCUUACAGCACUCGCCUUCUGGUGAUCUGAUGAUAAUGGACCUCGACGACGAAUUACGCGACCUGCGGUUUUACAGUGUUGAGCAAGGUGAUGAAAUUGUGGCGAUUCAGGAUUAACUUAUACCUAUUCCUUGCGUGAUGUAUAGUUGCAUUACAUAACCUUAUCCAAAUUACAAAUAACCCUGUCGAGGGCAUUUAAUACAAUCACA